AUGGCACAGACCCGCAAAGCAACUGAACUCGACGCUAAGCUCCAAGCCACACUCCUCGAAUUAAAAAAAUGUCAGGCAGAAUGUAUUAUGCUUAGGCAGGAGAACGAUGAAUCAGCUGAUCAGUUCCAACACCUGCUCCAGAGGAACUCGGUGCUGAAGAACCAAGUUUCAGCAAUGGAAAGUCGCAUUGAAGAGGUCUAUGCAGAGCGCACACACCUUCAGAAUAUCAUUGCUUCUUCAAACCAUUGUCGGGAAACAUAUGAAGUCAACCUGGAGCGAACUUCGUUCCUAGAAAAACAACUGGCUGAAGCGAAAGAAGAUAUUAAGUCACUCCAGGCCGAGAAACAGCUGGCCGCUUUCGUCAACACCUCAGCUUUGUACGAGGAGAUGGGAAGCGAUCGUGUUCAGUCCGGGAAUAAUCAAACUGUAGAUUCCAAUUUAGAUCUCUUAGCUGAUAAUAGUAUUGUCCCCACAAUAGAUCUUACUGCCACACCCACAUCUAGCAACAAACGUGCUUCUCUUUCAGGCUCCAACAAAAUUAAAAAGUAUGUUAAGUUAAGUAAAUUUAUUAAAAAAUCUGAAAACAUUGUUAAAAAACAAAAAAACAUUGUUAAAGAUAUACCUAUUAGGCAGCAAAAACUAGACUUAAAAGUACAAUUAAUGUCUUGUCAAGAUACUAUCAAAUGUAAUAAGAAAGUUAUAAAAGAAUUACAAGAUAAAAUAUGUUCUUUGCAAUCCGAGUUACAGUCAAUAUCUAGCAGAUAUGAGCUUUCAAAGAAUACCAUCAAGGAAUAUAAUCAGGCUGUACACAAGUUAAUAGAAGAAAAAAAUUUGUGUAAAUGUAGUUGGGCCACUGAAAAGCAGGCUGUGGAAGCGUCCUUAACUGACAAUACUGCUAGUGCAGCAGCCUCAAUCAUGACAGAGUCUGAGUUGCUUCCAGAGACUUCGCCCCCUAUACAGGCGUCCCUGGAAGCUUCUCAGAUAGACUCGACCAUCAUUACUAAUUCUAGUUCUUCGGUUAGGUAA